CCCGGGCCGGGCGGAGCGGGCGCUGCCAUGGACGCCCUGUGCCGGGCCGAGCCCCGGCCCCGCCGCCCGCAGGCUGCGGCCGCCGCUGCUGCCGCUUCCUCCUCCCUGCUGCCCUGGGCACGCUUCUCCGCCUGGCUGGACUGUGUCUGCGUGGUCACUUUCGACCUGGAGCUGGGACAGGCUAUGGAGCUGGUGUACCCCUAUGACUUCAGGCUGACAGAGAAGGAGAAGACCAGUAUCUGCUACUUGUCCUUCCCAGACUCCUACUCAGGUGGCCUGGGGGAUACUCAGUUUAGCUUCCGCCUUCGGCAGUCUGGGGGCCAGAGGACCACGCACUACGAGGAUGAUGGAGAGUACAACAGAGAAGCACCUCUGACACUGCAGAGGGAGUCAGCUCAUUACUUUGGUUAUGUGUACUUCAGGCAGGUCAAGGACAGCUCGAUGAAGAGAGGUUAUUUUCAGAAGUCUCUGGUGCUGGUGUCACGACUUCCAUACGUCAACUUGUUCCAGUCCCUGCUGCAGCUGAUUGCCCCGGAGUACUUUGACAAGCUGGAGCCAUGCCUGGAGGCAGUGUGCAACGAGAUCGAUCAGUGGCCACCUCCUGUGCCAGGACACACCUUGAACCUGCCAGUGAUGGGAGUUGUCAUUCAGGUGAGGAUCCCAUCAAGGGUGGACAAACCAGGAUCAAGCCCAGUGAAGCAGUGCAACCAAGAGAAUCUGUUGCCAGCCCCAAUGGUUCUCCCCAGUAUUCAUGAACUAGAUCUCUUCAGGUGUUUCCAGCCAGUCCUCAUCCACAUCCAGAUGUUGUGGGAGCUGAUGUUGCUGGGAGAGCCAAUGGUGGUGAUGGCACCAUCCCCUACAGUGUCUUCAGAAAUGGUUCUGGCACUCACCAGCUGCCUUGCUCCCCUGCGGUACUGCUGUGACUACCGCCCCUACUUCACCAUCCACGACAGCGAGUUCAAGGAGUACACCACCAGGACCCAAGCUCCGCCAAACAUAGUUGUGGGAGUCACAAACCCUUUCUUCAUCAAAACUCUCCAGCACUGGCCACACAUCCUUCGGGUUGGGGAGCUCAAAAUGUCAGGAGACCUGCCCAAACAAGUCAAGGUGAAGAAGCUGGCUAAACUAAAGACUCUGGACACCAAACCAGGAAUCUACACUGCUUACAAAACCUUCCUUCACAAAGACAAGACCCUGAUCAAGAGACUACUCAAGGGCAUCCAGAGGAAGCGGCCCUCUGAAGUGCAGAGUGCCCUCCUGCGGCGACACCUGCUGGAGCUCACCCAGAGCUUCAUCAUCCCGCUGGAGCACUACAUUGCAAGUCUGAUGCCUCUGCAGAGGGCCAUCACUCCAUGGAAGAACCCCCCGCAGAUCCGUCCUUUCCGUCAGGAGGACUUUAUGAAGACCCUUGAACAUGCUGGGCCCCAGCUGACCUGUGUCCUCAAGGGGGACUGGUUAGGCCUCUACAGGCGUUUCUUCAGGUCUCCCAACUUCGAGGGCUGGUACCGCCAGCGGCACAAGGAGAUGACCCAGAAGCUGGAGGCCCUUCACUUGGAAGCCAUCUGUGAAGCAAACAUUGUGGCCUGGAUGAAGGACAAGUCUGAGGUGGAGAUUGUAGACCUGGUGCUAAAACUUCGUGAGAAGCUGGUGAGAGCCAGGUGCCAGCACCUCCCUGUGAAGGAGGAGACCCUGCAGCGCAUUGGCCUCUACAUCGAGACCAUCAUCGGCUCCUUGCCCGAGGAUCUCCAGGCUGUGCUGCACCAUCACUGAGCUUGGGGAAGGGACUCUGCUGAAGAAGGAAGGACCCAAGCUGCAGUUGAGUUUGGAAAGGAAACUUCUUGCCUGAUCCAGACCUUGCUCCCAACUUGGGGAUGAUCCUGAGCACGUGAACGCGUGGGUCGGAGGUGUAGAAGAAAGGGAGAACCAUGGCCACUGCCCAGUCCUGCUCUGAGGGCCUGGAUUAGGGGACCCUAAAGGAGAAACUCUUCUUUGGGUGGUUGUUCCUAGGUCAGAAGGUGACCACCAGGCUUCCAGCAGCGUGGCACAGGCUCUGCUAAACACAUCUUGCCCAUCUGUGCUCCUCCAGCUCUAGUGCUUGGGCUCUCAACAUUUCAGUGCCACCAUCCUGCCCAGAAGCAGCAGGAACAGCCCUGGAGUGGGAAGUUGUUUUUAGGACAACCCCUGGUGAUCAUCAGAGAGAUUCUAGGUUCCCACCUAAUGACCAUGUGAAGAAGUCAUCACUGCCCCUUCAGCAGCCUGACUCUGCUUCAGCUGUGAUGGGACUGGGAGGAGAAGCUGCUGGACUUGGAAUGUUGAGCUUUUUCUCCAAGACAGAGGAAGGGGUUGGUGCCACUGCAAGGAAGAAGCUUUCCAGAGGUCAUGGCG